AGAGAGAAUAGGACAAGGAAGAGAGAGACCUGAAGAGAUAUCUCAGAAGAAACAGCUUGAACUUCCCUAUUCCCAACGAACCCAGCGCCAUGGACACUAAAGGCUCAUUUUCCUGUGGCUUCCUCUUGCUGCUGCUCAUCCAACUCCAGUCCAGCAGAGCCAACCCUAUCUACAGCCUCAGCCCUGCCAAAGAACUGGCCAGCAUGGAGGCUCUGCUGGAGAGACUGGAGGAUAAGUUUGCAAUGAUUGAAGCCCUGGAGUCUAAUCCUGACCUGCAAGAACCCAAAACCCAGGAGAUGCCACCAGAACUCAUAGAUGACAGUGAUGACCAGAAGGCUGAACCCAGGCUAGCACCCAGCAGCCCUCUAUCCUACAGGGACCCCUUCCUCAAGAGACUGAGGGGGCUGCAGAUGCCCAGGAUGAUGAGAGAUUCUGGCUGCUUCGGCAGAAGAAUCGAUAGAAUCGGCUCCCUGAGUGGAAUGGGUUGCAAUGGUUCCAGGAAGAAUUAGGACAACCUCCCUAUAUCCUACUCUGAAGAAUGCUUUACAGUACACGUUCCUCCCAAGAUGAAAGCCGGAUGCUUGCUAAGCUCUUCAACAGAAAGUUAUUCCUAUUUUUAUUUAUUUAUUUAUUUAUUUAUUUGAUGUUUUUUAAAGAACAUUUCUUACUUUAGCACCAAGAGAUCAUCUUUAAAUAAAACUAACACAUUAGACAUCCAUGUUGGACCUCUCUCCUGUCUGUUGCAUUAAAAUUUAUUGUAUUUUCCUAAAGUCAAAAGCCUAUGUUUUAUUGGUACUCUGGUACCACAAGGCUGGAUAUUACUUACACAAGAUAGAGA